GACGGCAUUGCUCGCGACCAAACCGCCAGCACUGUGGCAGAGCAGCAGCGCAUCGCGGUUCUCCUUUGCCAGGCGCGCUAGCACGUCGCGGACGGCGGCAACAUCAUCCUCGAGGCUUUUGAGCGGCAGCUCCGUGCCACCGACCGUGGGGAGGGGCACAUAAAUGACAUUGUAGCUGGCGGCCUCUAGCGUCUCAAUGAAGCGAUCCCAAGCCACACGUGUGUGCCAAGCGCCCGGAACGAUGACAAUUGUUGUAUUAUUUGACAUGGUUUUUGAAGGGAGUCAGGUCUGGACUUGACAAGGCGAGGAGUAAGGUCAGGUAUGUUGCAGUAGUUCAGGACCAGAAAAGGGAGGAUUUGUUUCUUCGUCAACCACACAAGCCAAGAAGGGAGGCAAACUGUGAUACAGAAGCAAUCUUGGCUCCUGCCACUGGUUCGGCAAGGCCCCCUGAACAAUCAAAAAGCCCGCUGAAAGAAAACCCCCAGGCAGCUGGAACACCAUUCCUAGGUAGCCAGGGCAGGAUACUCCAUACCCUCAAACACCACACAGUACAGCCAAAUUACGGUCAUUUAAAGAAGCAACCGAGGUGGCCCCCAUCCGGGGUCUACUUUGCCUGAUAUCAAGGACGAUCAACCCCUUCGCCACUGGUAUGGAAGAUUUGACAAAACAAACCGCGGGGAAACCGUUUAGAAUUAUCGAUAUCAUCGAUACAUUGUCGAUCUCGCCUGGCUGAUCGGGCCUGGCUCAAUUGCAUUUCUGAAUCUGCCACAGGGAAAUCCCGACUUGCGUUUACCAGAGAUAUCAGGCCGCCAGUGUACCUCGUGAUCAACCGAACACCAGGUCCUACAAGCUUCUUCAAAGUCAAAACCAUGCCAUCUCUUUUUCGCAGAUACGAUGAGGCCGUGGCGAGAGAAGAGUAUAUGCAGCACUUGAAAGAUGUUGCAGCAACGCAAAAUCUUUCAGAAGACACCAGGCAGCGGACAUUGGGCUUGACAAUAGCCUUCACCGUCUUUGCGACCGUUGUCGUUGCCUUGCGUUUCCUUGCCCGCAGGAGGCAAGGGGCAGCCAUCUUGGUGGACGACUGGCUGACUGUGGUUUGUCUGUUGUUGCUGUUUGGCAACAUGGCCAUUAACAUUUCCCUCAUCAACAUUGGCGUUGGCUUGCACACAGGCUCUCUGACAUACGACCAGCUGGCCGCCAUGAACAAAGCACUUAUCGGCGCAGAGAUCCUCUACUUCACAGGCGUUAACAUGUUCAAGAUCUCUCUGCUGUUUCUACUUAUCCGCAUCUUCCCGAUUACGACCGUUCGAAAGUGGGCCUUCAUCCUUGGCGGCAUCUCUACGGCGUGGAACGUCGCAUGCAUCUUCUGCGCCAUCUUCCAGUGCCUGCCCCAGGAGAAGCUGUGGAAGCCAUGGCUCCAAGGCGGCUGCAUUGACCUGUUCCUGACGCAGCUGUGCGUCAGUGUACCUGUCAUUCUGUUGGAUAUUUGUAUCCUCCUGCUGCCGCUGCCCCAAGUCUGGAGGCUCAACAUGAACAGGACGCAAAAGGUGUUUUUGACCAUCAUCUUCCUGCUCGGAUCCUAUGUUGUAUUUACGAGCAUUUACCGCUUCGUCAUCUUCUUGGACACACUGGGAGACGGUAUUGCUUGGAACAUUAUCGAGAUCAGCAGCGGCAUAAUAUCCGGCUGCCUACCCACCCUCGGACCCCUGGCACGGCCCAUCUUCAAAGGCCUCACGAGCAUCACGAGCAUGAAGUCCAAGUACGGCAGGCCAUCAAACGCCGGCUAUUCCAAGGAUGCCCGCUGCAACACCGACGUCGCCACUGGCGGCCACGGCAGUACCAAUCGACACACCAGGAACCAGAGCAGCUUUGGUCUGACUGCGUCGUCGUCCAACGCACACUUUGGUUCUGGAGACAUGUUUGUGGCGCAAGCGGACGAUCACUUAGAGCUCGACGACAUUAGCUCACACAUCCGAGGCGCCAGUGGCGAUGAGUACCAUAGGAGUCUGGAGUAUGGCCUGUCGGAGCCAAACAGUAGAAAGGACUCCCAGGUUGACUGGGUUAUUCACGAGAUAGACGAGGGUGGGAGUAGUGAGGGUCAUCACACCAGUACAAAGUGA